AGUACAGCAUUUAGAUAAGCAGGAUCAGACUUUUACUGCUUCAAUGGGAGACCAUUAGGAAAAUCCAUGGCUAAAUGGGAAAUAGAAAAGAUUUCUGAAAGAAGGUCCAGGUGAUUAAUCCUUCAUGAUCAAGGUAUUAUAAAUUUUGUAGUUUCAGUAUUAAUUAUUGAGCUACCUUGAUUCUAUGGAGUAAUGCUGAAAUUCCAGGAAGCGGUUAAGCAUGGUACAUCAUUUACACCUAUUUUUAUCCACUCAAAAGCACUAAUUGCAGGAAGAUACAAUAUUUAUCAAAAACUUGGACAUGGAAGUUUUGGAACCGUUUAUCUGGUUUCUGACAAGAAAGCAAAAGAGGAAGAACAGUUGAAAGUUUUGAAAGAAAUCUGUGUGGGGAAUCUUAAACCCAAUGAAACAGUUGAGGCGAAUUUGGAAGCACAAUUGUUGUCCAGGCUAGACCAUCCGGCCAUUGUUAAAUUCUAUACAAGUUUUGUUGAAGGAGGGAGUUUUUGCAUCAUUACUGAAUACUGUGAGGGUCAAGAUCUCGACUUUAAAAUUCAAGAGUACAAAAGAAGUGGCAAAGUAUUUCCUGAAAGUCAAAUAGUGAAAUGGUUUAUACAAUUAUUACUUGGAGUAAACUACUUACAUAAAAGACAAAUACUUCAUCGAGAUUUGAAAGCUAAGAAUAUUUUUUUGAAAAAUAAUCUGGUUAAAAUUGGGGACUUUGGAAUUUCUCGACUCUUGAUAGGAUCCUGUGAUUUAGCAACUACUUUUAUUGGGACACCUUUCUACAUGAGCCCAGAGGCAUUACAACACCAGGGUUAUGACACAAAAUCAGACAUUUGGUCACUUGGAUGCAUUUUGUAUGAGAUGUGUUGUUUGAACCACAUGUUUACUGGUCAUAGUUUUUUGACCGUUGUUCUGAAAAUUGUAGAGAGCAAAACACCUUCUCUUCCAGACAAUUUUCCAAGAGAACUUGAUGCUGUCUUGCAUAGAAUGCUGAAUAAGAACCCUUCACUGAGGCCAUCAGCUGCAGAGAUUUUAAAAACUUCAUACAUUGACCAUCACUUACAGAUUAUGAAAUAUAAGCACACAAAUAUGAGCACACAAAUUAAAAAGGAUUGGAUGUUUAAUUCCCAGGAAGGAGCUGAUCAUAUAAUAAGUGCUGUAAAGAAAAAGGUACAUCUCCAAACUCUGAGGGCCAUAUCUGAAGUGCAGAAAAUGACACCUCGUGAACGAAUGCGAUUGCGGAAAUUAAAUUUAGCUGAUCAAACAGCACAGAAGCUGAAACAGUUGGCUGAAGAAAAAUAUCAAGAAAAUCUUAAAAGAAUGAAAGAACUUCGAUUCCGUAAUUUUCACCAAGUGAAUAUAGACGUGCUUCAUGAAUCUGAUCAGCAUCAUUCAGAAUACCUCAUUAAAUCCCAGUCUGUCACGGCAUUGGAGUAUUUUUCCAUAGAAUGCAGUAACCAAAGGGACAAUGAUACAAUAGGCAGACUUAAUGAAUCUAAUCCAGCAGAGCAUGAGAUCCCAGAGGAUCCACUUACUGCAGAAGAAUAUUAUAAUGAUCCAUUUGAUUCCUGUUCAGAAACAAGCGAAGAAUCGGAUAGGGAACAGGAAGAAAAGAAUGCAUCACAGACAGACAGUGAUAUCAACGCAAUGGUCAGAUACAUGGAAAAUAUUGUAGAUAUCAAUUCUGAAGGAACUAGAAGUUUCACUGAAGUGACUCCUGUGAGAUUGAGAGCUCUCAAUAAUACUAUGGCAACAACCAAGCUGAGACAUAUGAAGGAGACAGCCAUUCAAAAAUUGGGAGCAGACAUUUUUGAAAAAGUAUAUGAAUUCCUCCAACAAGCAAGAGAGAGGAAGGCAAGUGAAGAUGAAGUCAAAGAAUACCUUGGAAAAUUGGUAUCUCGGGCAAGUGACUGCUUUGAGGUAGACCAGCUUCUUUAUUUUGAAGAUCAGCUACAGUCUCAGAAGAUAUUUUAGUGAGAUGGUGUAUCUGAGAAUGAAUUUUCUUGUACUAUCUGAAACCACUGGGUUCAAUAUUGUUCAAUUAGAAGUAAAUGCAUUUAUGAUUAAUGAAUAACAUGGAAAUACUGUUUGGAAAAAAAAUAAUGCUAAAGAAUUACAUUUUAAAUAUAAAAUCCAAAACAUUCUUUAGUCCAAAUGAAGUUGAUGAGAACUUACUGACAAAUUUCUACACAACCAGUGCUGACAUUUAGUUAAUUUUUUCCCUGACAAUUCCUACAUUAUUUUUUAUUUUAUUUUUCAUGGUUAAUUCCUUCAGAUCUAAUGAAUCAGAAUUCCGUAAUCUGAGUUUCAUCUGUGUUUCAACAGGAUGGAGGGGAAAUUUAAAAAAUUGUAGUUCUUUUUAUCAUGCAAAGUGAGUAAACAAUUAAUUGCAUUAGUUGGAUUUCAGUUGUUAUAUACCUAGUAAACAUUUUCACUGUGCAAAAGGGGCUUUGAGAGUGGGGAAUUUCUUUCUCCACUGUCACAGCUCUGUCAGCCUAUCUGUCUUUCUGCUGUUUACAAUGCAAAUAAAUAAAUACAUUUUCUUCCUUGUACUUCAAACAAACAAAUCAUAUGUAACUAUGUGAAAAAAAAUUACAUAAAGUGUCUUCCAAGUCAAGGUCAACUCCUGGUAAUUUCAUGAACAUAUCCAUGUAUAUCCUUCUAUGCAAUAUUGUGGAAAUGGUUAGCUAUUGCUUUCUUCUUGGUCUAGCCUACAACCUUAUAUUCUCCUGUGCGCUGCUUGGAGAGUCCAAGAAUGGGUUAAAUUCAGUUUAUCUGCCCAAAGACUGAGUUGAUUUUUCCUUACCACACCUCCUGUUCCUCAUUGGGGACCUGUUUAAAAAAACUCAGUCAGUCUGUUUGGACAUUUUUGGGGGAGCUCCUCAGUCCUUGUGCAGAUUGACUGGAUCUCUCCAAUUAGUUAUUAGGAUUUCUUAUUUUUGUAGAUACUUGCCUUAGUUAGUUGACUUUAGGAUUCCUUUCAUUUGAAAAUCACUAUUCUUUUCCUUGCUGAAAGGGCUGCUGUGGCUUGGAUUGCUGCUGGUUGCAUGUGGUGGCCAGGAUCAAGCGGGGUGCUUGUCCGGCAGCUUCCGGGGAGCACAGGAAUGGCCACAGGCUUCCAUGACAUUUCCCAGCCGUCGCAGUUCUGAUUUGGCACUGGGCUUCCCUUUGAAGGCUUUGGUCGCACCUGACAGCUCCCAAAUCGCCCCAACAAUAACGUGGCUGGCCGUUUGAAGGCUAGGAGCUUCACAGCAGCCAUUUUGAAAGCAGCAAUUACACGCUUUCAUCCGGAGGGCCUUGCAUUGUCCCCGAAGAAGGCGGCUGCCAUUUUGGAGCCUUUCAGCCUCAUGGGGACCAUUUUGGAAGCAGAAAAUUGCACGCUUCAUUGUGAGAAGUUUGAAGCUGUCACCUUGCCCUUCUUAGCCGCAGAUCACCGACAGGGACAAUUUGGCCUUUAUCCAGAGUGCCAGCAAGGCCUGCCUCCCUCUACAUUAACCAGGAGGGGGGCCUUGGAUGUGUUGGCCACUCAGGCCAUACUCCAGCUCAAGGAGUGAAUCUGCGCAGUGCACCGGAUCUCAAGACCUGGCGCUGAUCCCCCGGCUUCUCCGUGUCUGCCUGCCACUGCCCCAUGAGCAAUUCAGCAGGGUGUUCCAGCAGACCCUUAGCUUCAACUGCGAUGUCUGAAGGAGGUUUGGUGGUGGUGGAGGAGGAGGAGUUGUCUUCCACUAAGAGGAGCAGGAUCCAAAUCCUACUUGAACGGGGACAGGGCAAGAGGGCCUCCAAGGAGAAGCAUACACAAUGCUCGAGGGAGUCCAAAGCCUCUGAUAGGGAGGCUGUUAGGGGGCAAAAGGAA